CAUAAAGAUGUGGUGCUCUUCCUGCGACAUUGAACUGCCGGAAUGGCGCAAAAUUGGCGCGCAAUGAUGGAGGGAGGGUAGACGUGAAAGAGAUUUUCAAUUACACCGGAACGAUUUUUGCCACAGUUGAGCAGUUCUCUGGUGAGCAGUUGGUGAGCUCCUCCGCCAAUCUUCAGCAGCUCGCGCGAGUGUCUUCAGUUCACCAUCAGCCACCGAUGGAGUGACACCAGUGUUCGCGGAUCUCUUCGCUAUAACUUUCAAGUUCUUCGUGCCCAACGGGCGAGCUCUUGCAGAGACUGCGCAACAUCAGGCCUGAUUUUUUUUUUUUACUUCUUUUGCGUAAAAGAACUCCCUUGAUGGUCUCUCAGGCAUCGCGAGCAACCUGUCCAAUUGAAAGUUUCGCGUGUGCUGCAUUGUUGUUCGCGGUUGAGAAAAUUCACCGAAAAUAUUGUGAAAUACUCCCCGAAAAAGUGAGUCAAAGAAAAAUAUCCAAACGAAAGAGUCUCUCUGCGAUCGCGAAACCCACAACAAGAGGAGGACUGCCAGUGUGUGCAUGAACAAAAGACGGUGACCAAGCAAGGUACAACCAAAACACAAAAAUCACCCGCACAUUGCAAAGAACAUGUGAAUUUGAGAGAUUGGAAAUAAAUCACAACGUGAGAGAUUUCUGUGAAUGCAAUUAAUAAAAUUGCUGAUAUUGCCUUUUGGGCAUUGUUCCAUCCACAACUACACAGUGCAGAAAAAAAACAUAUACAACUUCUUUGUGCGAUUUUUCAGUGAGAUGGAAAAACGUCUGGGAAAAUUUGUGAUUUAGUGGAAUUCUUCGUGCGCGCGGGGCAUUUUGCAGCUAAACUGAGAGAGAAGGAAAUUCCCGGAGAAGAUCAAAACAUCUCUCACAUCAGCUAAGGCGUGCUCCUGCACACAGAGACAAUGAGAAGAAGCAAUUCCAUGGAGUGGCUUCAAUUGUUCUUCGUGGGCUUCCUCAUUGGUGCAACAGGUACAACUUCCGUUCGUCCACCGCCAAAUCAUGUGGUUUCCAUCAGUGCCAACUGUACGAGGGAUUUUAUGAAUCUCCGUCUUGAUCUUGGUCGUCCCUUCAAGGGGGUAAUCUUUGCUAAAGAAUUCGCUGAAGAGUGCCAUUCGCGUGGCAAUCUCACUUCAACCGUAACCCUCCGACUACCCACUUCCGGCUGCGGUGUACGAUCUGAACCGCAGGAAGAUGGUUCCAUGGAACUAUCAGUGCGGAUUGUCGUUCAAAUGGACGGAAAACUACGACAGAGUGCGGACGUUGUGAAAAUAGCCAAAUGCACUCUUCUCACAGACAUGAUGAGCAUGAAUGUGAUUUCAUCACACGACAAACCUGUAAGAAAUGGAAGGAUGAAAGCCGACUUACCAGGAUCAUCAAGAGUACGAGUGUGGUUGGAAUUGGGCGGUAGUGGAGGUUCUGGAGCAGUUGAGGUGGGACAAGCAACAACCCUUGGUGUCCGUGCUAUUCUACCAGGAAGUGUUGGGGUUCGCGUAGUUGACUGCAUAGCCUUGGAUGGGCUUGGAGAGGCAUCACAGAAACUUCUUGAUGAGAGGGGCUGCCCCAUCGAUGAACAGGUGAUGCCGGCACUUUUGGUGCGAUUCCGUCCAAUAGAAGAAGGCUGGUCCAAACCACACAAGGAUGAUCUUGUUGAGAAACUUUUUCAAACGACUUUUCCCGCCUUUAAAUUCCCCGAUCGGGAACACCUGCACGUAUCCUGUGGCGUUCAGCUUUGCCGUGGACGUUGCCCCAAAGUGGAUUGUCGCAGACGCGAUGAGAGAUUUAUGCUGCCCACUGAGAGGCAUUUGGCACGAAUUGAAGUUUUCAAUUCUCUAGCCGUUACGGCGCCACAAAUUGAGCUAGAUUCUCGAUCACGCGGUGAUCGACGGGGCAAUAUGACGCUGGAGCAGUACCAGAGAUUGAAAAAGCUACGCUCAGAUGGAACACUCUGCCUCUCGCAGUCCUUCUUGGCACUUUCCUUCUGCAUUCUCGGCGUAAUAUUCCUUGUCGCCAUUAUUGUAGCCCUGUGCUGUCUACUGAGAUCCCGGAUGCGCUCCAAUACAAAUGGUAGUUCCUAUCGUAAUUCCGGAGCCAGCAUCUUCUCCUCGAGCAGCUCCGGCUCUCAGUCACGCUUCGGCAGCAAACUCCUCAUCCCAUACUCGGGCUCUCUCCCAUACGGAAGAGUUUAUUAAUUGCCUUUCUUUCGCUCUGGACAGCAUUCCCCACAAAGACUGAUCUCUUCUAGUUCAUACAAUGUGCAUACCUACAUAUCAAUUUUCAUGCAUAUUUUUAGUUUUUAUUUUCUCUUCACAUUUUUUUUCUUAUUCUUCCUCUAUCGGUGUUGGCGGGAAAUCUUUAUAGUGGGUGGUGAGGCGAUAAGUGUGUCCAUUGACACCUUCCAAACUGGGACCUUUAUAUUGAAAUACAAAUUCUAUGUGUAAGAGCUGUUAAUUAGGUGAAUUAUUGUGAUAAGAAUAAACAAAUUUUCCAAAUA